CUCGAUGGUCUUCGAGGACUGGCUGCCCUGGCAGUAAUGAACUAUCAUGUUCUCUAUGUUUACCAAGGCUUUGUUUUCUACGGCUAUGGACUUUCAUCUCAAGAUGCGGCUCAUUGUGCUCGUCCAGAAGAUGUUGGAGUGGGGCAGCACAAUCUAUGGUUCCAUCAACUUCCCAUCUUUCGUCUCGCGUACUCAGGGACUGCUGCAGUAUCGGUAUUCUUUGUCAUCUCAGGGUUUGUACUCUCUUACAAACCGCUUCAGUUGGCUCGCAGGAGGGAGUUAUGUUCGAGUUUGAUGAGUGUGGCAUCUUCCACGUUCAGGAGAGGAUUUCGACUGAUCAUCCCGCCGGCGAUGGUGAUGGCGUUUACGAUGCUGGCGGUUUGGAUUGGCCUUUUUGAGCAUGGAAGACGGGCGACGAAGGAUCGUAGUAUUAUCACGGAGUUUCCAGAGCAUCACGCUGAACGGAUGGAAACGUUCCUUGCGCAGAUUUUGGAUUGGUGCCAUGCCAUGGGAGGGAUGAUGAAUACGUUUUCAUGGAAGGACUUUCAUCCAGUCUACGAUGUUCACCUGUGGACGAUCGCGACAGAACUUCGUUGCUCGCUCGCAUUAUUCUUGGUCCUGCCUGUUGUGGUGAGGAUGCAGUCCCAUUUACGGUAUGGAUUCGAGGUGUUCCUAUUGUUAAGCGCGUAUCUAUGGGGACGAUGGGAUCUGAAGCUAUUCCUUGCUGGGAUGCUCAUCGCCGAUCUAUCAUUACGACCGGGAACCCAGUCAAAAUCCACUCGGAAGUCCAUCCCCUCUUGGAUUCAAACCAUCCUCAAAACCAUCCUCUUCCCCAUCUCCCUCCACCUCCUCUCUGCUCCCGACUUCUGCAUCUCCCGCGCCCCAGGCUUCACCACUCUGGGGCACCUCGUUCCCUCCUUCGACACCAACCCCGUCCGCUUCUGGCCUGGUCUUGGCGCCAUGCUCCUCGUUUCCCUCGUCGCCCUUUCAUCCCAAACCUCCUUCCCCAACAACUUCCUCAACCAACCUCUCAUCCAGUAUUUCGGGAAACUCAGUUUCAGUCUGUAUAUUGUCCAUGGACCAAUUUUGCAUACGCUGGGAUAUUGGCUGUGGCCUGCGAUGUGGGAGGUCUCGGGGAGGUUUACGGUUGUAAGGUAUGUGGUGGGGUUUGGGAUGAGUUAUGUGGUUUAUGCGGUGGUGCUGGUUUGGGUGAGUGAUUUGGUUUGGAGAGGUGUUGAUUUGAAGGCGGUGGGGUUUGCGCGGUGGGUUGAGGGAAUAUGUUUCUUGGAGGAAGAGGGAGGCUAGGUCACUCAGGUCUAUAAUAGAGCACCAAAAACUACGGUUGAAAUAAGGCGUCC